CACAUCUCUUUCUUCCCACCUCUUCUUAUUUCUCCUGCCUUACACACACCCAUUGUCACCGCAUCCAGCCUCCAUCCACCCCGCACCCACCCCCUAUCAUCCACUUCCUAUCACACCGAAGUCACCUGCAGUGUUUGAUCACAACUCCACUACACCAGUACACAACCGACCUCGGUUCCGUGGACUAUGGACGAACUGAGUGAACACGCCAUUCUUUGGAACUCCGCUGCGCUUACCAGCCUCAAGCGUCAGCAGCUUAUGAGUCUUUCCAAGCGCUACGGACUCAAGGCUAGUGGCAAGAACGUUGAAAUGGUCGAGCGUCUUUACGACUUCGGCCAGACCCUCACGCCCAGUGCAAAGGCAAUUUUUGACCUCGCGACCCAGAGCUGUCCCGAGAGCCCCACCAAGUCUCCAUCCAAACCCAUGCCUGAACGGAUGGGCGAAAGUCUCACCCCACCCCAAGCCCCUGCUCUUACUAGGGUUAAGCAGUCUCGCCCCUCUACUAUCUCUCUGGCCCGCCGCGGGUCCUGGGAGGUGAUCGACAGCGACGACGCCAGCCUUGUUGAGGAGGAGGAGGAUAGUGACGACCCAGCCAAUUGGAAGAGUGCAACGAACGGCGCAACCCUCGACGGCGACAAGUACGCAUCCAUCGGACGCGGUGUUGGCUCGCUCCGCUCCCUUGCCUCCUCCAUCCGCAGAACGGCGUCGCGCACGAUGUCCAAGGAGAGCCCCACUUCCAACAUCGUUUUCCCCGGUACAAGUUCCGGCAUGGAUGUUGAUGAACCUGAACCGGUUGAGGAGAUCCUGUGUCCCUCCCCCGCAUCCACCGUCGGCAUACCCAAGCGGAUACACGAGGAGGAUAGUCACCACCGGCCUUCCACCAUUCGACUCGUCUCCCCUGCUGAGAGCAUGGUCAACAUCUUGGAGACCGUGCUCGUCGAGACCGACAAGCUGCCCCUCACAGGUGACAGCUCCGUCGCCGUCAUCAAGGAGCGACUCUCAACGCGUCCGCUUCGGGAGGCGCCAACGCCAACGCUCAAAGAUCGCCCCUCCCUUCCUAUCCUCUUGUCCCCUGCAUCCAAGGCAACGGGUAUCUACCCUCAAAUCCCCGCAUUCGAUCCCACCGCGCCUCGCGAGAGCCAGGCCGCUGGGUCCACUCCCGAGCCUGCGAUGCCCGGUUCCUUCCCCGGAUCGCCUGUCUCGCCGUCCUUUAUGUUCGGCACCAAGCAGGUCGUCUCAAGCGACGAGUUCUCUGAAGCCGGCGCCAAGCUUCUAGCCGAGCUCCAGGCCAAGGUGGGCGGCAAGAUGACAUUUUCCGCCGAGCUCCUCAAGGGUGAGGACGCCGAUAUGUCCAAAAUCUACACACGCAGUGGUGCGGCGAGUGGUACAGCGAGCGCUUCCAGCAGCAAGUUGAGCUCCGACGCCGCCAACACAGCUCCGCAGAAGCCGGGAUCGGGGCGGGCCCCUGCUCCCGCUGGUUACGACCGAUACGCGGCCGCUCACGCGCGCGAGUUUAGCAAGAUGAAGAGCCUGACUUCGAUGUCUGGCACGAAGGGUCGCUCGGCUUCGGGCACGAGCCAGAUGAAGACGUCGGCCUCGAACCCGGGACUUACAAGCUCCACAGCGCCCAAGCGCAAGGUGGAUGAGAAGGUGCCCGAGGCCACGGCUGAGGCGAAGACUUUGCGUGAGAGCAAGCGCUCCAAGACAAUGCCGAAGCCAAAGCCCAGCGUUAUCGACAUGUUCCGCACCCGCACCCAGAGCACCCUCAACUCGCCUGGCAAGGCAGGGAGCCGCACCGGUCUCAAGACCAGCCGCUUUGGAUUUUUGAGGAAGAAGGCACCAGUGUCCACCACUCCCCCUCCUGUUGAAAGCCGUGCCAGUAUUGCGUCGGAGGGCAGCUAUGUCCUGCCGUCUGUCGACGUCCCGGAGGACAAGGUGGAGCCCUCGCGGCUGAGGAAGAUGAGCAGCAAACCAGGUCUGUCAAUGCGCGCUGUCAAGAGCUCGGCGCCUCCACGCACGAGCGGUCGGUCAGCCUCAGGCUCGACAGGCCCAACACCUCCCUCAACCUCAUCAACUCUAACAACUGGGUCAUCUCUGGGCACGCGCCGCGGCGCAAUCCCAGACUUUGGGCCGCAGAAGCCGUCUUUCCAGCCGCUCAAGGAUAACAGCCAGGAUCACGGUAGCGCCAGUUCAAGGAAGGGCAGCGCAUCUGCGCUUCCCGUCCUGUCCAGGCAGGCAAGCACCAACUCCUUUGGUAGCAUCUCCCGCUCUGGUGGUAACCGUAAUCUUGCGCGCACCGCCAGCGGCGAGCUUCGGGCCAGUGUUACAACUCGCUCAGGAAUGUCCUCUCCCAGCCUGUCGAACAUGCGCUCGCCUAGUAACUCAAAUCUCCGUGCAACAUCCAUCUCGAAUAUGCGAAGCCCAGGUGACAUGCGCAGCCCUAGCAUGAGCGGUAGCGGCAUCCCCCGCACGAGAAGCAGCACACUCCUCGCUCCCACGGCGAGCAGCCUGGCGAGACGGCAGGCAACCGUCAAGCCUUACGCCUCUACUCCUGCUGCCUCUGCCUCUGCCUCCAGCACGGGCUCCGGCUCUGGAACGAGCUCCGCAACCUCUACGCUCCAGGCUAAGCCCGCGCGCCGCCCGCUCCCGCGCCCGCCUACACAGACGACUGGCCUCACCCCCAGUAUCGCGGGCAUGCUUCAGCCGUUCGGCGAGGCCAGCAGCCGCGCCAACGUGCUCUUCGAGAGCAACUUCCACAUCUCGCCCACACCUGCCAAGCUAUCCAUGAAGAGCCCGCUCUCAAGUCCCACGAAGCGUGCGGCGCCCGUUGCGCACAAGUCGCCGCGCCGUGCCGGAGUGCGUGCCCGCGCAAGUGGCCUCAGCGCCAUCAAGGCCGCGGGGCACACCGACGCUGCGGCCAUCGCGCAGCGCCGCUCGGAGCUGCGGGGAAAGCAGGAGCGCCUCGCUCAGGAGAAGGAGCUGCGGAUGAUGCUCGGUUAGGACUUGGUUAUCAAACUAAAAUUUGCUGUGUUGUUGCUAUGUACCAAGAUGCCCGUG